AUGGCACCACGUGUAAUCGUCGUCGGUGGCGGAUUGUCCGGUCUCAGUGCCGCACAUACAGUCUACCUUGCCGGUGGAAAUGUCGUCGUUCUCGAUAAGCAGGGUUUCUUCGGAGGAAACUCCACAAAAGCAACCUCGGGUAUCAACGGUGCCCUGACCCGGACGCAGGUCGACCACAAAAUCGCAGACAGUGUAAAGCAGUUCUAUGAUGACACUUUGAAGUCUGCCCGUGACAAGGCGAGGCCCGAUCUCAUCAAAGUCCUGACCUACAAGUCCGCGGCUGCCGUUGAGUGGCUGCAGGAUGUCUUCAACCUGGAUCUCACAUUGGUUUCUCGACUUGGUGGUCACUCUCAGCCGAGAACGCACAGAGGUCACGACGCCAAGUUCCCUGGUAUGGCCAUCACAUACGCCCUCAUGCAACGCCUGGAAGACCUGGCCGAGAACGAGCCGGAGCGGGUUCAAAUCAUCAAGAAGGCCCGCGUUACCGGUCUGAACAAGGAGGGCAACAAGGUCACCGGUGUCACAUACGAGUACAAUGGCGAGAGCGCCUCUGUGGAGGGCCCAGUUAUUCUAGCUACUGGUGGCUACGCCGCAGACUUUGGCGAGGGCUCUCUCCUGAAGCAACACAGACCUGAUACAUUCGGCCUUGCUACCACCAACGGCUCUCACGCCACUGGUGAUGGUCAGAAGAUGGUGAUGGCCAUUGGCGGAAACGGCAUCGACAUGGACAAGGUUCAGGUUCACCCUACAGGUCUCGUUGACCCCAAGGAUCCUGGAUCCAAGUGGAAGUUCCUGGCAGCCGAGGCUCUGCGUGGAGAGGGUGGUCUUCUUCUGAAUGCAGAUGGCGACCGAUUCUGCGAUGAGCUCGGCCACAGAGAUUACGUCUCUGGCAUGAUGUGGAAGGAGAAGGAGAAGAACAAAUUCCCCAUCCGCCUCGUCUUGAACUCCAAGGCUUCCAACACCCUAGACUUCCACACCCGCCACUACUCGGGCCGUGGUCUGAUGAAGAAGAUGAGCGGCCAGGAGCUCGCCAAGGAGAUCGGCUGCUCCCCUGACCACCUUCAAAAGACCUUCACCACCUACAACGCCAUUGCCGAGGGCAAGCAAAAAGACCCCUGGGGCAAGAAGUUUUUCCACAACAUGCCCCUCGACGUCAAUGACACUUUCCACGUUGCAGUGAUGGAGCCCGUCCUCCACUUCACCAUGGGUGGUAUUGAGAUCAACGACAAGGCCCAGGUACUCAACAAGGAACAGAAGCCCUUCGACGGUCUGUUCGCCUGUGGUGAACUGGCUGGUGGUGUCCACGGUGCCAACCGACUGGGUGGUUCGUCUUUGCUUGGAUGUGUUGUCUACGGCCGUGUUGCUGGUGACACAGCAAGCAACUACCUCUUCCAGCAGGCCCUAUCUGGCACCGCUGCAGGUGCCGCCGCUCGCGUUGGCCAGAUCUCUCUGCACAUCGACCCUUCGCAGCCUGGCAAGGUGUCUGUUGAGUGGGGAAGCGAUGGCUCUGGCUCGUCGGCAUCUCUGGGUAACACCAGCGCUACCGGCCCUACCCCCAAGGCCGAUGCCGGCAAGUCUUCCGAGAAUGCUUCCAAACCUCAGAGCCCCAAGAAGUUUGAAAUUCCCGAGAAGGAGUACACCUUGGAGGAGGUCGCCAAGCACAACAAGAAAGAGGACCUGUGGGUCGUUGUCAAGGGCGUUGUGAUGGACCUGACCAACUGGCUGGAGGAGCACCCUGGUGGUCCUCAGGCCAUCAUGAACUUCAUGGGCCGAGAUGCCACCGAGGAGUUUGAGAUGUUGCACGAUGAUGAGGUCAUUCCCAAGUACGCACCCCAGCAGGUGAUAGGACGCGUCAAGGGCCAAAAGGUCACUCUGGAGAUCUAG